AUGGAUUCACAUAAAACGGAGUCAAGUUGUUCAUUAUCAACUGAAAUGGAACGUAAAUCAUCAGCCGAAGAACCAGUUUGUGACGAAGGAGUACAAUUAGAACGUUUUGACUCAGUGGAUAGUUUUCGCACAAGAGCAUCGACAGAAAGCCGGACUGUAUCAAUGGCUUCCACUGAAAGCUACGAAACAGUAAGGUUUUUUUUUGUUUGUUUUGGUUAGAAAUCACCUGCCAGCUUUUAUAUCUUGAGUGUAUUUAAUAACUCAUCACAUUUUGGUUUCUAUUGUCUAAACUGAGCUUAUCGUAGAUGGAGCGUAAGAUUUUAAAAUGCCGUUUUCCAGUGCGGUAGAAGCGAAGUCUAAUGGCCUCUCGAAAAAAAUUUUUUUCCAAAGCAUAAGCAAACUGAGAAGCCUUAAUUGCAAAAGAACUAUUAUCGCAUUGAAUUUUACUAUUAAGAUAAACUGCGAGGCUAUUUUAAGUCAAAGUUCCACAAUUAGUACUUUUUUAGGUUAAUUAACACCGUUAUCUAACAGUCCAAAGGCUGUUGAUUAACAGCAAAAAGUACUGACCGAGUAAUGAUCUAUUUACCUCAUAAUUUUCCACCGGGUAUAAACACUCUAAAAAUAAAAAUAAAAAAUAUGAGAAGCUGUGAUUUCUAAACAACAUGCAUAAGUCGACCUUUUCGAGGGGCUUUGCGACAUUUGGCUGAAAGCUUAGUCUUCCCUAAAGCCCUUGCUUGGUGGGGGGAAUAAUAGGGUAUAGCGUAUUUCUGGAACCGUUUGUCUUUUUCUCUCAUUUUUUACCUUUUGUCAGGCUUCCUCAUCUUUCCCAAGCUGGGAUAGAAACAGCUGCCAAGGGAACAGAAGAUCCUGUUUAUUGGGAUGGAUAAAUUCGCUGGAGGAAACUACCAGACGAACACUUUUCAUUCAUCAUCUGCCAGUAGAGAUAUGCGAUCCCGUCAAAGACAUGUCGUUGUUUAGUUGUGAAGCGGAGUUUUGUCGUAUUUGUCAUUGCGGUAAAGAGGAUGAAGAGUUAAUUGCACCAUGCAGAUGCUCUGGAAGUGCUAAGUUUGCGCAUCAAAGUUGCUUGCUGUCUUGGUUUGAACUGAAAAAGGACAAGACAUGCGAACUGUGCCUUUACGAAAUUUCUGUCAAAAAGAUGGGCUUCAAACCAUUCUCACAGGUAUUGAAAGCAAUAUUCAAAGCUUCUUUUCAUCGUGGCCAUUAACUAAAAGUUUGUGAACGUUUCUCAGCUGUUUGUUGCUUUUUUUGCUAACAGUUAGAGACAUAACUAUUUGUUUGUUUGUGUCUGACACUGAAUUGUUGGCUUAGGUUCUUUAAAAUGAUAUUUUUUCAAUCAAUUUUUAACUUACUACUAAUAUAAAUUAGGGCAAAUGAAAAGGGGAAGUGGAAAAAGUAUAUUAAAAGCAUUUUUAUACACUAUGUCUAUCUGUUUGUCUGGCUAUCAGUCUAUCUGUCUGUCUGACCGUCUGUACAGUAUUCAAUUGUCUGUCUGUCUGUUUGUCUGCCGUCUCCUUAUCCAGUACAGUUGUAUCAUGCUACUGACUCCUUCGUAAAUUUGUCUAACUGGCUGUCUGUCGCCCUUCAGUCUAACUGUCUAUCGGUCUGUCCACCCGUCUGUCUAUCUACCCAUCUGUCUGCGUAUUUGUCUUACUGUCUGUAAAGUGAAGAUCCCUGUGGAAUUUUUUUAUUAUCAUUAUAAAAUCUGUGUUAUGCAUUUUUCACUCUGGUAACCCGUCUAAUUGCUUGUUUGUCUGUCUAACAGUCUGUCUGUCGCCUGUCUGCCGGUCUAGUUUAACAUUUCACUCCUUUACGAUUUUCAAUUCACGUUCUCUUUGUUUUUUCACCCUUAAGUGGAGACUACCGUGGCGUUCGUGCGACAUUGUGGCGUACCUUUUCUUGUUCUACUGUCUGGUUCUGGUAGUAUUUAUAGCCAUGGUACUGUGGAUCGCCUCUAAGCGUUGCCUCUCUCCCAUCUGCAUUGUUCUGUACUUCGCGUGCGGUUUGGCAGUGUGUUACUUCACCUAUUGCUGCGGUUGCAUAGAACAUAUUCGCUACUACUGGAAAGCAUGGAUCGAUGUGAACCGUCAGUGGCUCAUAUUAACUCACAAAGACAGUGUACAGGUUCUCAAUAAUGCUAUCGAAAAGAAGAGCAACAACGGAUGUGGCAAAGCAAGGGAGGAAUUUGUCUAG